UAGAAAAACGGUGACGUCCCGACUGAUCCCGACUUCAUCUGUAUUAUAUACUAAUCUGACAGUGGCACUGGCACUGAUUAUCUGGAGUCAUUAUUAGUUGUUAUUAGGGCUCGAGCUAAAGCUGAAACUCUACAGAGAACAAUUCUCCUUGCCCUGAUAUUGCGACAUCUGUUCUAAUCUUUAAGACAGAAAUCGUCGAAUUAUUUCAGUUUAGUAUUAUCCGCUGGACCUUUGAUCCGCGAGCAGCGUUAAAAUAGCUUUAAUCUGCAAGUACGCGAACAAGAUCCAUCAUCUAAUCAUCUCCAGAAUUUCGUAAAUUUACAGUUACACCCGUGUUUCUCUGAUACAAAAGCGUAGUCUACGAUUGUUUAAGCGAAGACACAGUCAGUAACUGAAUAAUGACAGUACUACUACGAUUUGUAAUAAAGUCAACGAUCGUUGGUGGGGUCGUUUAUUACACCUACCAAGAGGGAUUAUGGUCAAAGUCUGAGGAAACAGCUAAACUGUAUCGAAAAUUAUAUUCUACAUUGGCCCCAUAUGUCAAAGACAACAUCCCAGAAGAAAUAACCAAAGAGGUUUCACAGUUGCCAAGUGUAUCAGAUGUUUCUUCCUUAGCGAAAACCUCUUGGAAUAAUGGCGUCAUAGCGACCAUGGGAUUUCUGGCUGAUUUACCAACUCACACUUCUAAUGGAGCUAGCAGUUUGUAUAAAACUGUAGAAAAAUACAUGAAAGAUCUGAACGUGUAAGGGGAAUUUGUAAAUGAACAGUCGUGUAAAUAGUAUAUAUUGUACAAACUAUAAAGCUGGAGAAAAACACUU